AUGAGUAACCGCCUUUCGGAAACAUCCUCGUCCCACCUCCAGGGUCCUGUGCCAGGCAGCGCCUCUGGCAGUACCGGGGACCCCAGGAACCUUCAGAACCGCUUCCCACCCGCACCCUGGCCUGCAGCCCUCCGGAGGAGGCGGCAGUCACUGCUCCUCUGGUGGGCCCGGUGCUGUGGGCAGCCCCUUCCCGCCCAGGUGGGCCUGCGGGAUGGGCGGCCCCACGUCCUGGGCAUGGUCGUGUUCUUGGGACUCUCCAACUUCGGUGCGAUCCCGCCUCUGUGUUUGGUCUUUCUGCCUUUGAAGUUGGUGGAUUCGCACCCACCAUUUCAGACAGCUGCUCCUUGGGGAAGAGGGGGGUUUAAAGCUGACGGGGUGCACCCAGCUCUCCGGGUGACCAGGUGCUGCACACAUGAAAAUGCGAGUUCAAUUGGAUCACUCAAAAAUCACUACCUAUUCAGACAUAAAAGCCAUCCAAGACGGUCUCGAAGAAGUGCCAUCCACAUCACUAAAAGACUUUCUGAUGAUGAGCGGGUGUCAUGGGCAGAGCAGCAAUAUGAAAAAAAACGAACUAAGCGUGCCACCGUGAGAGACUCAGCAGAAAAUCUUUUCAAUGAUCCUAUGUGGAAUCAGCAGUGGUAUCUGCAAGAUACAAGAAUAACUCCGUCCCUGCCCAAACUGGAUCUGCACGUUAUUCCUGUAUGGCAAAAAGGGAUUACAGGCAAGGGUGUUGUCAUCACAGUAUUAGAUGAUGGCUUGGAGUGGAAUCACACCGACAUCUACACUAACUAUGAUCCAAAAGCAAGUUACGAUUUCAAUGACAAUGAUCAUGAUCCCUUUCCUAGAUAUGACCCAACAAAUGAAAACAAGCAUGGAACACGGUGUGCAGGAGAAAUUGCCAUGCAAGCCAAUAACAGAAAAUGUGGGGUUGGAGUAGCCUACAAUUCCAAAGUUGGAGGUAUACGAAUGUUGGAUGGAAUAGUCACCGAUGCUAUUGAAGCCAGUUCAAUCGGUUUCAAUCCAGAACACGUGGAUAUUUACAGUGCAAGCUGGGGCCCUAAUGAUGACGGUAAAACUGUGGAGGGACCUGGGAGACUGGCACAGAAGGCUUUUGAAUAUGGGAUAAAAGAGGGCCGAAAUGGGAAAGGCUCCAUUUUUGUGUGGGCUUCUGGGAACGGAGGCCGUCAGGGUGACAACUGUGACUGUGACGGUUACACUGAUAGUAUCUACACUAUCUCCAUUAGCAGUGCUUCUCAGCAAGGCCUUUCUCCCUGGUAUGCAGAGAAGUGCUCUUCAACUCUGGCCACAGCAUACAGCAGUGGGGAUUAUACUGACCAAAGAAUUACAAGUGCGGAUCUUCACAAUGAAUGUACAGAGACUCACACUGGGACCUCUGCAUCUGCACCACUGUACUCGAAUGGUGUAGGUUCAGCUCCAUUUUCUAUUGGAUACUCCUUUGAUGACAUAAGCCAAGAUACUCAGGGCCGUAUUUUAAAGGGUAGGGUUAACCAGAGCCCAAAUCUAACAUGGAGGGAUAUGCAGCACUUGGUAGUGUGGACCUCAGAAUACGAUCCACUGGCUGGAAAUCCAGGAUGGAAAAAGAAUGGAGCAGGACUGAUGGUCAACAGCCGAUUUGGGUUUGGACUGCUCAAUGCCAAUGCAUUGGUAGAUUUAGCUGAUCCCAGAAGAUGGAAAGGUGUACCAGUAAAGAGAGAGUGUAUUGUCAAAGACAAAAGCUUUGAACCAAGAUUAUUAAGAGCAAACGAGGAAGUCAUCAUUGAAAUUCCCACAAAAGCCUGUGAGGGUCAAGAAGACUCCAUUGCGUCUCUGGAGCAUGUGCAGCUUGAAGCAACGAUUGAGUAUUCCCGUAGAGGUGAUCUUCACGUCACUCUGGUAUCCCCAUCAGGCACCAGCGCUGUCUUACUGGCUGAGAGAGAGAGGGAUAAAUCUCCCAAUGGCUUUAAGAACUGGGACUUCAUGUCUGUUCACACAUGGGGAGAGAAUCCGAAGGGCACCUGGGUUUUAAGAAUCACUGAUGUGUCCAGAAGAAUACAAAAUGAAGGAAGGAUUGUAAAUUGGAAGUUGAUUUUGCAUGGCACUGCUACCCAACCUGAACAUAUGAAGCAGCCACGUGUAUACACAUCCUACAAUGCUGUGCAAAAUGACAGAAGAGGAGUGGAGAAGAUGGCGGAUUUUUUGGAGGACCAUACCACACAGGAGAACCUGAGUGAAAAACCCAAAGUCACCGAAGAUACCAGUAGCAGCAGUGACAAAGCAGAAGAUAAAAUCCCCUCAGAGGCUAUGCUACAUUUAUUGCAAAGUGCUUUUAGCAGACAGAUGGCUCCGAAGCGACUGCCAAAGAAGACUGCCAGUGAGAAGUUAAAUAUUCCAUAUGAACACUUCUAUCAAGCCCUUGAAAAAUUAAACAAGCCCUCCCAGUUGAGAGACUCGGAAGAAAGUCUGUACAGUGACUACGUUGAUCUUUUUUACAAUGCCAAACCAUACAAGCAUAGAGAUGAUAGACUGCUGCAAGCCUUGGUUGAUAUUAUAAAUGAAGGAAACUAAACUGUAGGGAGUGGCACUGAGUUGGAAAUAUUCAUUCUCCCCACCCCACCUGUAGUUUUUUUUUUUCAGAAGUCUGUUGUCUGCUCUA